AUGAAGGACAAGGAUGCUUCCGGCCGUUUCGAUAAUGAUGAAGGCACAACCGCAUGGUUGCAGCCGGACGAGGUAGACAUCCAAAUGUCUGGCAUCAAUUUCACCGGAUUGGCUGCGCCAGUACAGUUGCAGAUGUACUGGUUGAAUCACGUCCGUCUGUUCUGUAUGGUUGCCGGGCAUACCGGCACCCUGGACGUGCGGCGUCUGUCAACGGAUGAUAUCGAGGAACUGCGGAGUGCGCUGUUGAUUCCGGAAACUUGCCUGCAACUCGGCAAAUACGCUGUGCUGGUCACCAACGUGACUGAAUUCUUGAAGAGAAUGGACGCAGCAAUUCAGACGUGCAAUUACCUUUACUUUCGGGGAUUGGUCAAGUACUACGACCCCGAGACGUUUCACGGUAGUUUCCGUGACAUUGAAGCGGCAUUUUGA